AUGUGCGGACUAAAAAUAAAGCAUGCUGAAUAUAAUAAUAUGAUAUUAAGCUUUGCUUAUAAAAUUAAAUUUUUGAGAUUUUCAAAAAGAUAUAUUUUUCAGUUAGAAAGAAAAAUAAAAGGAAAUGAUGUAAUUGUUCAGAGUAGCAAUAUAUUAAAAAGGAAAGAAAAAGACGAUGAGGAAAAUAAUGUUAUGAUAAAUUUUAAGGACAAUAUAAAUAAUUAUGAUAUAGAAAAAGUAAUUGAUAAUAAUAAAUAUCAAGUUGAUAAUACUUUUUGUGAUUAUAUAAUAAAGAGAAAGAAAUUUUUAGGUCUCUUUACUUAUGAUAUAAAAAAAUAUGAACAUAAUAUUUUAUAUAAAAAAAGUGAUGGAUCCCUUUUGGCAUAUUUAUAUUCCAAUAAAAUAAAACCAUUAAUAUAUGCAGAUAGGAUAAGUAAUGUAUUAUAUGUGAAUUGUAUAAAUUAUAUAAAUAUAAAUAAAAAUAACAAUGUAUAUAAUAAAAAUUGUAAUGAUAAUAUUCAUUUCAAUCAUAAACAGUCUAUUAUAAAAGAAAAAAAAAAUCUGUUUGAUAUUUUAUAUAAAAAGUAUAGUUUAGUCUUUUUAUUUUCUGAUAUAUCACACAUUGAUGAAAUUAAUAAAUAUUUUAUUUAUUUUAAUAAACAAAUAAAAAUAUCCAAUAUGGAUAAUCCCCAUAAUAAUUUUGUAUAUACUCAACAAAUAUAUCCAAAUAGUAAAUUUAUUAAAUUAAGAGAUAAACAAAAAUCAAUACAUAUAUUUUAUGGUUACUUAUCAAAUUAUAAUUUUAUUUUAUCCAAUUAUUUUAGUACUAAUUUUUAUACAAAUUUAAAAAAUACAUAUUUUCCAAAUGACAACUUUUUUUAUAUUAAUAAUAAAUUAAAUAUAAAUGAUAUGAAUGCUUUAUUAUUACAAGAAGGAAGACAGAACUUACCAUCCAUUUUAUUAUUUGAUGAAUGCUGUUAUGUUAGGUAUCAUAUUAAAGGUUUAUAUACAAACGAAUCUGCAUAUUACCUUUUCAACAUAUUAAAAAAUGUAUAA